AUGAGAAAUAAAAACUCUUCUUACCGCUCGCUGUCGCUACUAGCCGACCACCCCCUUGCCACUCGCUAUUGCCACCGACCGCCUCCCGCCACCCCCGGCCGCCUCCUGCCAUCGGCCGCCUCCCGCCGUCGGCCGUCGGCCGACAUCCUUCGCCGACCGCCUCCUCCCACCGUCAUCCUCUGUUGUUCGCCACUGCUUAACGUCGGCUGCAACCUGCCCACUGCCGCCUCCUGUCGUCCUUCGCCGCCACCUAUCGGCCGGCUCCCCCUACCGCCGGCCGACCACCGGCCAUCGCCUGCCGGCCGCCUCUUGCCGCUGACCACCGUCCUUUGCCGCUGGCCACCUCCCGCCCGUCGGCCGCCUCUUGUUGCCGACCACUAUCCUCCGCCGGCCGACACUGGUCGCCGUCCUCCGCAACUGGCCGUCGUGCUCCACCGGCCGCCCUCCGCCUCCGACCGCCUCCCACCGCUGGCCGCCCACCACCUACCGCCGUCCUCCACUGCCAACCACCGUGCUCCACCGCCCGAUGCCCGCUGCCUCCGGCCGCCCUCCGCCCCCGGCAACCGUCGCUGCUAUCCACCGCCCGGCGCUGAUUGCCUCCUGCCGGUCGGCUGCCUCCCACCGUCGGCCAUCGUCCUCCGCCCCCUGCCGCCACCCGCCAUCCUCUGCCGGCUGCUCAGAAGGGAGAAAUUUUGUAUUGCCUACACGGAGGAAUUUCUCCGACACUCUGCUCGCAACAACCUGAUUGAGUUAGAGGCACAACAGAUUGCCAAGUACAUCAAUGACUUGUGA